CGGGCUGUCAUGGCCGCAAACGGAGUCUUGUGGAGCCGCGUGCGGAGCCGCCUCCGCGCCUUCCCCGAGCGCCUGGCGGCCUGCGGGGACGAGGCCGCCGCCUACGGCAGGUGCGUGCAGGCGUCCACGGCCCCGGGCGGCCGCCUGAGCCGGGAUCUGUGCGCGCACGAGUUCCAGGCCCUGCGGAGCUGCUUCGCCGCCGCGGCCAAGAAGACCCUGGGGGGGCCUUAGGAGACCGUUGCCCAAGACUCCAGUGGGCUGAGUGCACUGAAAGCUGUGUGUGGGCUGAUGUACAGGAGACUUGAGUGCUAAAGGAAGCCUCAGACACCAAAAAUAAAGACGCUGAGCAGGCCCUGGA